AAACUGCUAGAGGACUUCAGCACAGGGCGUCUGGCAUCUCUGCCCUCACCCAUUUGUGUCAAAGUCCGAAAUGAACCACACUUGGACACACAACCUGAGCUUUGGUGCACCUACAGACCCUGUUGUGCCAAGGGCUGGACUCUCACGAAAUGGGCACACAGUAGUGGCUGUUUUUCUUGGAUUUAUCUUGUUUUUUGGUUUCAUUAAUAACUUGAUUGUCCUCAUCCUCUUCUGCAAGUUCAAAACCCUCCGUAACCCAGUCAACAUGCUUCUCUUGAACAUCAGUAUCAGCGACAUGUUAGUGUGCAUCUCAGGCACAACUCUCAGUUUUGCAUCUAACAUCCAUGGCAAAUGGAUUGGAGGGGAGCAUGGUUGUAGGUGGUAUGGCUUUGUCAAUUCCUGCUUUGGCAUUGUGUCCCUGAUCUCUCUGGCUGUCCUGUCCUACGAACGCUACAGCACUCUCACCCUGUGCAACAAGCGCAGCGCUGACUACCGGAAGGCACUGCUGGCAGUCGGCGGUUCCUGGAUUUAUUCCCUGGUCUGGACUGUGCCGCCUCUGAUCGGCUGGAGCAGUUACGGGAUAGAAGGUGCGGGUACAAGCUGUUCGGUACGCUGGUCCUCGGAGUCAGCUGAAUCCACGUCCUAUAUCAUCUGUCUCUUCAUAUUCUGCUUGGUCAUCCCUGUGAUGGUCAUGAUAUACUGCUACAGUCGCCUCCUUUACGCCGUUAAACAGGUUGGAAAAAUCCACAAGAAUGCUGCCCGCAAAAGAGAAUACCACGUAUUGUUCAUGGUGAUCACUACAGUCAUCUGUUAUCUUGUGUGUUGGAUCCCCUAUGGAGUUAUAGCAUUACUUGUAACAUUUGGCAAGCCAGGUGUGGUGACUCCAGUUGCAAGCGUCAUACCUUCCAUCCUAGCAAAAAGCAGCACUGUUUUCAAUCCCAUUAUCUACAUACUUAUGAAUAAGCAGUUUUACAAAUGCUUUCGUCAGCUUUUCCACUGCCAACCUCCUUUGUCCACUGAUGGAGAGCCCACCUGCCACUCCAAGGUAACCGUUAUCCAGCUAAAUCAGAGGAUGGAUGGUGGAAUCACGUGCAAUAACAAACCACGUCCAGAAACAGACAGUAAAAUGACUUCUCUUCUGCACCCACAGCGAAACCUGGAGCCAGUUUCAAAAGCUGCACCACCAGAGUCCUAGGAAAAUGGGCUCUGACAGAAAGUACACGCCUUAACCAGAGUGUUUUGUUUUACUGUUGCAUUACCCAGCUAACCUUAAAAUUAGUAAAGGAAGUUGCCGUUUGUGGGAUAGGAAAACUGUCAAGAACAAAAACUGUGACUCUUUAAUAAUUUCCUUAAUAACAGUAAAGAUGGCCAGAUCACUGCAGGUAUGGCACAAUAAUGACAAAAUGUUAAGUAAUGUCAUUGAGUUUCCUGUAAAUUAGGUAAUGGAGAACUUAGAACUAGUAGUUUUAGAUCUUAGUGCUCUGUGGAUCAGUGUCCUCCAGAAACAAUCCUAAAAGCAUGCUGGGCUACCUAUUUUAGCUCCUUGCCUUUCCUGCUUCGGUUCAUCCAGUCCAUGUCUUGGGAUCUCAGUUUAGGUUGCUCCUAAAUAACCAUGAUUUCUGACAAUCUGCUCAAGUUUUUGCUUAUGCUGCACAACCACGACUUUAAGGAGGAAAGACAGUGAAUUGACAGGCUAAUUUAUGAGUUGGUAAUGUAAUUUACAGCACAUCUUUGUGUUAAAGUCUAGGUUCAACAAACUGAAAGAUGAGUUAAGACAAUGAGUAGAAAUGACCACAUA